AUAUCUGCCAUUAUUAGCUCUUAAAAAAAAUAAAAAAUAAGAACAAUCUGGAUCCCUAAUCAAAAGCUCCUCUCUUUUUCACUUUGCAAAGAUGAUCUAUAAAGCCUAGAAGGGAGCAUUAUUUUGUUCAUAUCCAUUAGUUCUUUAUCACUUCUCAUUAUUUCCAAAUACCAAAGAGGCUGCUAGAAGAGUCUAGCUUGCACAAAAAAGGCCAAAUUAAAAUGAAGUUUGGCAAGGAAUUUGCUGCACAAAUGGUACCAGAAUGGCAGGAAGCAUACAUGGAUUAUGGCUACCUAAAAUCCCUUUUGAAAGACAUAAUGCUCCACAAGCAAAGAAAGAAGCCACAUUCCAGUGCCACCCCAGCAGCACUAAUGCGAAAGCUAUCACUUAACAGAACCUUCAGCGGCCUCACACACAGAUACUACCAGCCCGUGAGCCCUGAGCAUGACAUCGAGAACCAACCCAUUUUGGUGCACUCAGUGAAGCGAGAUGGUCAUGAAAAAUAUGAGACUAAUUUUCUUAUGGCUGCAGAAGAAGGCGGAGAGUACGAGUUGGUGUACUUCAAGAGGCUCGAUGAUGAGUUCAACAAGGUUGACAAGUUCUAUAGGUCCAAAGUGGAGGAGGUGAUGAAGGAAGCUGCUGAGUUGAACAAGCAAAUGGACGCUUUGGUGGCUUUCAGGGUGAAAGUUGAGCACCCAACUGCGUCGUUUGAUGGCUCCGUUGAGAUGACUCGUCUUGCUUCUGAUGUCUCUGCUUCAGCCACGGCAUUGCAUGCUUCUACACCCAGGGGUGUCCAGCUGAACCGUGCACAGACAGGAAGAAUUCCCACACUAAUUGAAGAUAUCAAAGAGGAAGGAAGUACCCAUCAUGGUCAUUCAGAGGAAUCCCGGGAUAGUGAAAAAGGUGAAGAGAUUCAAACUACCAACAAAAGAGUUGAAGUACAGAACAAGAAGAAGAAGAAUAUCACCCCCAUCAAACCCAUCAGACCUGCUUCUGUGGAAAUACUUAACCGAGUGCAACUAAAUAACACUUGUGAGACUCCUCGUUCGACUAUAAGAGGCUUCAUCAAGUACCCUGGCCAAACAGAGAUAAACUUCACCAAGGAAAAUUUGAGCAAAGUUGAAGAAACACUCAAACUGGCUUUUAUUGAGUUCUAUCAGAAGCUUCGACUUCUAAAGAACUACACCUUUCUAAAUGUGUUGGCAUUUUCAAAGAUAAUGAAGAAAUAUGAUAAGAUCACAUCAAGAGGUGCAGCAAAAGCUUACAUGAAAAUGGUUGAUAAGUCCAACAUUGGGAGCUCUGAUGAGGUCACUAGGCUUAUGGAGAGGGUAGAAAAUGUAUUCAUUAAGCAUUUUUCCAACUCAAAUCGAAAUAUAGGAAUGAGAGUCCUGCGACCAAAGCCGAAGAGAGAAAGGCAUAGGGUUACAUUUUCCAUGGGUUUUUCUGCCGGAUGCUCUGCUGCUCUAACAGUGGCCCUUAUUCUAAUUGUCCGUGCCCGUAAAAUCAUGGAUCAUUCAGGAAGUACCCGAUACAUGGAAAUAAUGUUUCCUCUUUACAGUUUAUUUGGAUUUGUAGUUUUACACAUGCUCAUGUAUGCUGCAAAUAUAUACUUUUGGAGGCGAUACCGAGUGAAUCACUCAUUCAUAUUUGGUUUUAAGAAAGGCACUGACUUAAGCUACCAUCAAGUCUUUUUCUUUAGUUUUGUCUUGGCAGCAUUGGCACUAGCCAGUGUCCUAGCGAAUCUAGACAUGCAAAUAGAUCCAGAGACAAAAGAAUACAAAGCGUUCACUGAACUUUUGCCACUUAUCCUGGUUCUAGUUCUGAUUGCCAUUUUAUUAUGCCCAUUAAACAUCGUUUAUCGGUCAAGCCGUAUGUUCUUCCUUACAUGUCUGAUUCACUGCAUCUGUGCUCCCCUGUACAAGGUUACACUGCCAGAUUUCUUCAUGGCCGAUCAGUUUACUAGCCAGGUUCAAGCCUUGAGAAGUUUUGAGUUCUAUAUAUGCUACUAUGGUUGGGGAGACUUCAAACAAAGAGAAACAUCUUGCAAGUCAAACAGGAUAUUCAUAGCUUUUUCGUUCAUUGUUGCUGUGAUUCCAUACUGGUCACGCUUUCUUCAGUGCCUAAGGCGACUGUUCGAGGAGAAAGAUAAAAUGCAAGGAUAUAACGCGUUGAAGUAUUUCCUCACUAUUGCAGCUGUUUGCCUAAGGACAGCUUAUACUCUUCAUCAAGGAAUGGGAUUGAAAGUGAUGGCCUGGAUAUUCUCAAUAUCUACAGCCAUUUUUUCCACAUAUUGGGACCUUGUCUUAGAUUGGGGCCUCCUCCAAAGACAUUCCAAGAACCGCUGGCUCAGAGACAAGCUUCUAGUCCCUCAGAAAAGUGUAUAUUUCGCAGCUAUGGUGCUGAAUGUCUUGUUAAGGUUUGCAUGGUUACAGACAAUAUUGAAUUUGAAUUUCUCCUCCUUACAUAGACAAGCCAUGGUCAGCAUUGUUGCCAACUUAGAGAUCAUUCGUCGAGGCAUUUGGAACUUCUUUAGGAUAGAGAAUGAGCAUUUGAACAACGUUGGCAAGUACCGUGCAUUCAAGUCUGUGCCACUACCCUUCAACUACGAGGAGGAGGAAGAUAAGGAUGAGUGAUUUGGCAGGAACAGCAAGCACAGAACAACAAGAAUCUGCACCACAAUAUUAUUUGUAUCAUCUAACUUUGUAACUACACUUGUUACUCUCGAGUGAUAAAUUCGACUUCUUCACUCAGGGCAUAUAUUCCAAAUGCAUAGUAGUUAUAUGGCCGAAGAAAUCGUUUUUAUCAAUUUUGAACUUGUCCUAAACCUUGGUCCACCAAUGGUAACAUUGUCAUUGGAUUUCAACAUUAAAGGUUAAUAGAAGUAACUUAGUUGACAAUA